GCAGCAAUGCAAAGCUUCAACUUCUCCAUGCUGACAACACUUGUGCCAUUCCUUCUUCUCGCGGCCGUUGCCGUGGUCGCCAGAGAUGAGCUCACCACGUUCAUCGUCCACGUGCAGCCCCUGCAGGAGAACCGGAUGCUCGCUACCGACGACGACCGGAAUGCGUGGUACAGGUCGUUCCUCCCGGAGGACGGCCGGCUCGUCCACGGGUACCACCACGUCGCCAGCGGCUUCGCGGCCCGCCUCACGCGGCAGGAGGUCGACGCUCUGUCGUCGAUGCCUGGCUUCGUGACGGCGGCCCCGGAGCAGAUAUACGAGCUGCACACGACGCACACGCCUCAGUUCCUCGGGCUGGACGCCCGGGAGGCCAGGAAGUCCUACCCCGUCGCUGAACGCGGCGCUGGGGUCAUCAUCGGCGUGCUCGACACCGGCGUCGUGCCGUCGCACCCCUCCUUCAGCGGCGACGGCAUGCCGCCGCCGCCGCCCAGGUGGAAGGGGCGCUGCGACUUCAAUGGCCGCGCGGUGUGCAACAACAAGCUCAUCGGCGCCCGAUCUUUCGUGCCCAGCCCUAACGCCACGAGCAACUCCACUUCCAACGACUGGCGGGCGCCGCCGGUCGACGACAACGGGCACGGCACACACACUGCCAGCACGGCUGCGGGAGCGAGCGUGCCAGGCGCUCAGGUGCUUGGCCAGGCCAUGGGUACCGCCACCGGGAUAGCGCCCCGAGCUCACAUCGCCGUGUACAAGGUCUGCACCGAGACGGGAUGCCCCGACUCUGCCAUACUCGCCGGCGUGGACGCAGCCGUGGGUGACGGCUGCGACAUCGUCUCCAUGUCUAUCGGUGGAGUUUCUAAGCCGUUCUACCAAGACAGCAUCGCCAUCGCGACGUUCGGCGCGAUCGAGAAGGGAGUCUUUGUUACCAUGUCGGCUGGCAACUCUGGCCCGAACGUCAGCUCUGUGACAAACGAGGCGCCGUGGAUGCUCACCGUCGCCGCAAGCACAAUGGACCGUUCCAUUCGUUCGACGGUCCGCCUGGGGAACGGCUUCGUCUUCCACGGCGAGUCGCUCUACCAACCGCAUGCCUGGACCCCCACCUUCUACCCUUUGGUCUACGCUGGCGCUAGCGGGAGGCCGUACGCCGAGCUCUGCGGCAAUGGCUCGCUGGACGGCUUGGACGUCAGGGGCAAGAUAGUGCUAUGCGAACUAGGAGGCGGGCCGGGACGCAACAUCACGAGGGUACUGAAAGGCGCGGUCGUCCAAAGUGCCGGCGGCGCCGGCAUGGUAUUGCUCAACAGAUUUGCCCAAGGCUACAGCACGCCAGCCGACGCACACGUCCUGCCGGCGUCGCACGUCGACUACGCCGCCGCCUCAGCCAUCAAGUCCUACGUCAACUCCACGUCGAACCCCACGGCGCAGAUCCUGUUUGAGGGUACAAUCCUCGGCGGCACGGCGCCACCUGCUCCAUCGAUCGUCUUCUUCUCCUCUCGUGGGCCAAGCCUCGAGAACCCCGGCAUUCUGAAGCCCGACAUCACGGGCCCAGGCGUCAACGUGCUCGCCGCGUGGCCGUUCCAGGUUGGCCCGCCGUCGUCGGCACCUCUCCUCCCUGGACCGACCUUCAACGUCAUCUCCGGCACGUCCAUGUCGGCGCCUCACCUCAGCGGCGUCGCGGCGCUCAUCAAGAGCAAGCACCCUCGCUGGUCACCUGCCGCCAUCAAGUCGGCCAUCAUGACCACCGCGGAUGCCACCGACCGUGCCGGCAAUCCCAUCCUCGACGAACAGCGCGUGGCGGCAGACUGGUUCGCCACUGGCGCUGGCCAUGUCAACCCUGAGAAGGCCGCGGACCCCGGCCUGGUCUACGAUAUCGCGGCCAGCGACUACGUCGGCUACCUCUGCAGCAUGUACAACAGCCAGAACGUGUCGGUGAUCGCGAGAAGGCCGGUGGACUGCUCGGCCGUCACGCUGAUCCCGGAGAGCAUGCUGAACUACCCGUCGAUCUCUGUCGCGUUCCAGCAGACGUGGAACCGGAGCGCGCCCGCGGUCGUUGAGCGCACGGUGAAGAACGUCGGGGAGGCACCGUCGGUGUACUACGCGGCGGUUGACAUAUUUGACGAUGAUGUGACCGUCGCCGUGUACCCGCGCGAGCUGGUGUUCACCCAGGUGAACCAGGAGCGAAGCUUCAAGGUGGUCGUGUGGCCGAGGCAGAACGGCGCUCCACUAGUGCAAGGCGCGCUCCGGUGGGUGUCAGACACGUACACCGUCAGGAGCCCCCUCUCCAUUUCCUUCGCUUGAUACUAUCUAUUAUCAGCCACAUGUUUGUUUGUUUUGGGGCAAAUUGGGUCUUCCCUAUAUAUCAUCAUUCUUAAACUGUACACUUUGUACGGUAUCCUACAAUAAUGCAAUUCC